GCGCUAGCUAUAACUUCCUUCGUCGUCUCCGAGAAACGAGGCCUUCCAUCCACCAUUCCCUCCCGUCUUCUCAUCUCCUCUCCUCUCUCCUUGUCCUAUUCUUCUCUCCUCAUUCCACCCAUCUUCCCUCGUUUUCCACCGCGGAAGCUCUCCAUCUUCGUGGGGCUCUCCGGCGCACCCUCUCGUGUGCCUCGGAGACCCUGAUCGAUCAUAUGCGCCACCCGGAUGCCCACGGUUGUAAUUCGUACCUGAAUAAACGUCGCAGCAGUUAGAUUUCUUGAUUUGGACGAGAUCGAAGUCAAGUCAAUGGAGAACGGCAUGAGGGUGGCGCUGCAGCGGCAGGUGUCGUCGGGGUCGCUGAAGCAUGGCCCGGCGGGGGAGCUCCGGCGGCAGUCGUCGAUGGAGUCCUCGCCCCGCACGGGCCGCGCUGCCAGCCGGUUCCUGUUCGGGCGGCAGUCGUCCAUGGACCCGAACCGGCGGCGCGGGCGCAGCCAGAGCCCCGUGAGCGCCGCGGCCGCGGACCAGCAGGAGCUCACCGUGCCGGACAACCUCGACGCCACCAUGCAGCUGCUCUUCCUCGCCUGCCACGGCGACGCGAGCGGCGUUGAGGCGCUGCUCCGCGGCGGCGUCGACGUCAACAGCAUCAACCUCGACGGCCGCACCGCGCUACACAUCGCUGCCUGCGAGGGCCAACGCGACGUCGUCGACGUCCUGCUCGACUGGCAGGCCAACAUCGACGCGCGCGACCGCUGGGGCAGCACGGCUGUGGCCGAUGCCAAGUGUUACGGCCACAUGGACAUCUACGAUAUUCUGAAAUCUCACGGUGCAAAGAUCCCGAGAAACAGGAGGACGCCGAUGAUGGCGUCGACCCCCGGGGAGAUACCAGAGUAUGAGCUGAACCCCGGGGAGCUCCAGUUCCGGAAAGGGGAUGAAGUGCUCAAGGGCACGUACCAAGUUGCGAAAUGGAAUGGCACCAAGGUUUCCGUUAAAAUAGUCGACAGAGAGAGCUACUGCGAUCAAGAAGCCGUAAACUCUUUCAGGCAUGAGCUGACGGUGUUCGAGAAGGUGCGGCACCCCAAUGUCGUUCAGUUCAUGGGAGCCGUCACACAGAACAUACCGAUGAUGAUUGUUUCCGAAUACCAUCCAAAUGGUGAUUUAGCAGCCUACAUUCAGAGGAAAGGAAGGCUGCAUGGUCAAAAGGUGCUCAGAUAUGCCCUUGAUAUUGCCAGGGGCAUGGCUUAUCUGCAUCAGUGCAAGCCAGACCCCAUCAUCCACUGCGACCUAAAGCCAAAAAAUAUCUUCCUGGAUAAUGGAGGCCUAAUGAAGGUCGGGGGAUUCGGCCUGACGAGGCUGUCCAAGAUGGCUCCUGACAAGGUGAAACUGAUGAAUCACGAGGCCCUUGUCGACACCUUCAGCUACUACACUGCUCCUGAGCUGUACAGAAACCAAGUAUUCGACAUGAGCGUCGACGCAUAUGCAUUCGGCUUCAUCCUUUACGAGAUGGUGGAAGGAUUACCCAAUAUGGAUUCGACCCACGUAACUCGGUACGAGGGAAUCCGGCCAUCCCUGAAGAACAGGCUCAAGGGAUAUCCUUCAGAUUUCAAAGCGCUCAUUGAGGAGUGUUGGGAGACACAUACGAUGGCGAGACCGACGUUCUCGGAGAUCAUCAUCCGGCUGGACAAGAUCUAUGAGCACUGCGCCAAGCAAGGGUCCUGGAAGGAGUCGCUGAAGAUCUGGUCCGUAUCCCGGCGACUUAACCGUUUCAGACUCAAAAUCAAAAGAAAAGAAAGAGUCCACAGCUACUGAGCUGUGAACACUUACUAAACGGAGAACAUGCCGCUUCUAGCUGAGGAGCGUCUGGUAUGGGUUCUGAUAGAGCUGGAGCCUGGAGGAUCGCCAUAUCCUUAUCCACGUGGCAUGUCGAGUACAUACUGUAAUUAUAUAAACAAUGUCUAAAUUGGAUGAGAGACAGACAACGUAUACGUUAUUUUUUGCUGCUGCAUUAUUGUGAAAUAGUGCCUGAACACAAUAAUGAUCAUCUAGGAUAUCCUGAUGAUAUGUUUAUGCUGUCACCGUCUUAAGAUAUAUGACUUCUUGAUCAAA